CAAUCGUAAAGCCUCUCCCUCUCCCAAGCGAGCUCAUGGCAUGGCGCCGCUUCGCCACCGCCAACCUCUCCUCCCUUCUCUCCCCAAAACCUAACCCCAACCGCAACCUCCCCUCCGGCGCCGCCUCCGCCGCCCCCUCCGCUCCCUCCGCCGCUGACGUCCUCCCCUUCCUCAACUGCCGGCAGCGGAAGAAGCUCCGGAAGAAGCUGCAGAGCCCCCGCGUGCGGCCCAUCCAGCACGACGCCGGCCGCCUCGUCCCCCACUUCGAGACCAUCCUCCACGGCGAAGCCCACCUCCGCUUCAUCACCCGCACCAAGUCCUUCCUCGCCGGCCUCCCCGGCCGGGGCCUCCCCCUCGCCGACGCCGGCAAGCUCCACCGCGAGCUUGGCUUCCCUCGCGGCCGCAAGGUCUCCCGCUUCGCCGCCCGUCACCCCCUCCUCCUCCACCUCCCCCGCCUCCCCCCCGACUCCAAGCCCUACCUCGCCUUCACCCCCCUCAUGGAUUCCCUCCUCGAAGAGGAGCGCGCCCUCAUGGACGCCAUGGAGCCCCAACGCGUCACAACUGUCCGCAAGCUUCUCAUGAUCUCCGCCCGCCGCCGGAUCCCCCUCGCCAAGCUCCAUCACUGCCGCCUCCUAUUUGGCCUCCCCGACGACUUCCGCGAUCGGGUCCGCAAGUACCCGGACUUCUUCCGCAUCGCCGUGGACCCCGACGGCCGCCAUGUGCUCGAGCUCGUGGAGUGGGAUCCGGCGCUUGCCGUCAGUACCCUGGAGCGCGACUUUGUCCCCGAUGAGGCCCGGGUUCUGAGGACCUUCAAAUUUACCAUUCCCCAUGGAAAGUCCUUACCUCUGGAGGAGGAUGACGAGAGAACGUUGAACUCUCUGACUACUCUCCCCUUGGUGUCGCCAUAUUCUGAUGGGUCGGAGCUGAAGCCAUGGUCGCUGGAGGCAGAGAAAUACCGGGUAGGCGUGAUUCAUGAAUUCCUGAGCUUGACAUUGGAGAAGAGGGCUUGGAUUCACCAUCUUGUGGAGUUCAAGGAAGAGUUUAGCCUCACAAAGCAUACGUACCAGAUGCUUUUGAAGCAGCCCCGGGCAUUUUAUCUUGCAGGCACUGCAAUGAACUGGGCUGUAUUCUUGAAGGAUGCUUAUAAGGAUGAUGGGAGUUUGAUCGAGAAGGACCCGCAGGUGGUGUUCAAUGAGAAAUUGCAUAGAUAUGCAUGCAUGACAGAAUCCGAAGGAGGCGAGGCAAUUGUUGAAAAAAGGAUUAAUGGCUGAUAGUGGCUAUUUUAUAUAUUAAUGUAGAUUGAUUUGAGAAGGGAACAUCAUUGGCAAUGAAGGCAGCAGGGCAGGCUGGGUCUAUUUGAUUGCUGCUGGAACUGGCAUCUUGCAUGAGAUUGGGGCUUUGAGGCAACUUCCUCCAUUUUAGGGGUCUUUGAGUAAUUCAGUUACAGGCUAUUGACUGCAACUCAAGGGUUUCGACGGCUCGGACCCGAGCAGCGGGCGGCGACGAAGGAGCCACGGCGGAGGAGAAAUCUCACAGCCGCCAUGGAGCUGAGGAGCAAGACGAAAGAAAAGGAGCAGAGAAAUUAGAAAGAAGGGAAGAGAAACGGUGAGUCGUACUCGUAUCUCUCUUAAUCUCUUCAUUUCAAACUAACAGUCACCCUCUCUCUCUUGCCAAAGCCCCAACCCCCCACCUCUGUCUCUCUCCGUCUAACCCUCCCACAGUCCCACCUCUCUCUCUCUCUCUCCGUCGAAGCCUCCCAACCGCUCCACAUCUCUCUGUUGCCGAACGGAACCCCAAGGUCCCCAAUCCCCCACCUCUCUCUCUCUCCCCGUCGAACCUCCCAUCUCUCUCUCUCUCUCUUGCCGGUGGAUGACGACGAUAGCGGGCCGACUAUCGAGGAGCGCCGAUAAGCUCCCCGAUGGGGAAGACGAGGGAAACAGUGAAGCACCGAUGACCGAGCACGGGCAACAAGAAAGCGACCAGCAACUACAAACAAUUUGUACAACUACCCUAAUUAAAGCAAAGUAUGGCACAAGUGUUGGUGCUUGCCCUUCAAGCUGUGUAUUGAUUUUUCUGCUCGUCACCUUUUCUGGUCCUGCACUUGUUCAUAGCUCUCAAACCCUUGUUUGCCUGUCUCGCCAGCCGCCUCUGAUAAAUCGGACCUGCUAUCCUCAAAGUUUGGCCCCCUGCAAUGCUGCUAGUUGCCACCUUCCUUGGCCUCAUUUUUUUUAUGGCGCUAUUUGUUCAGGUAAACAAGCUGUGGGAGGUCGAGACAGCUUUCUACAACCAAUUGACCCCAACUUUGCUCUGCUUUGGAUUGCCUGACAGGUUGAGGUCCAAUGGAGGGUUGUCGCCAAUGAGCUGUAAGAGGGCCUUGCCUGUGGUUAAAUUAUUAAAGCUUAGGUCAAGAACUGAAAUCUUUUGAAGCUUAUGAAGCCCCUGUAGACUGCUGAUUUUAUUUCCAACAAGAUAUAGCUGUCAGAUGAGAAAGCGGUUUGACAGUCCUGAAGAAGUCAUUGGACAAUUAUUUUCAGUUCAGUUACUGAUGAUUGGUUUUUAAAUCUGUCCAAGAAAGCACUUGGCUUAAAGAUUAUAUGCAUCAAAAGAAAUUAAGAAGGCAGCAAAAUUUACUGUACAUCCAGUGCCUACCAUGAUUGCUAUCAUGACUGAUUUGGGAGAUGGGAUUAUAAAUUAGAUCACGAUUGCAAACUCGUGUCAGGUUUCCGACCUCCUCGAUCACUUUGAUCUUGUUCCUGGGCAAAUCAAGGAU